AUGACUGGCUUUCCCGCUCCUGAGUACUACGGUGAAGCGGUAGAAGUUGAAUAUGAAGAUAGCAAAUGUGCAUAUUUCAACGGGAUUCAAAUCCGAUCCGUCCAGACUCCUGGGCAGGAUAGCUGUGUGUUUUACGAACUGCCUGGUUGUGAGGGGCCUGCUGUUAUAGGGACUGGGAACACUCCUGAUUUUCCAUUCUCAAUCAGAAGUUUCGUAUGCCACCAGAAGCAGUAG